AAAAAAAAAAAAAAAAGUAACCACAGCACCAAAAACAAUAACGAUAGAGUCGUUUUUUUUUUCUUCGUUUUUUGUUUUAAGAGACCAUGGAGUCUCCUGUGGCAGCAACAUCCAACCUCGUGCCACAGCAGCAAUCCCCGCAGUCACAGCUUCGAGGUUCUUCAACGUCUGUUCCUCUUUCCGAUGUACAGACGAUUGCCCAAGCUAGAGCAGAACUUGAGGCUCGAUUGGCCAACAUCCAUAAUGACUUACAGUUAACACAGUCGAUCGGAUUAUUAUUUGUAAAGCGAGAAGAAGAUCUCAAGAAUUGUUAUGAACAAUUACAACAUUUAAAUGAACAGGAACAACUACAAAAACAACAAGAAGGUGAAGGAUCAGACGAUGUUGGGGCCCAACCUUUACCAGAAACCUUUCGUGAACAGUUGACGACUCUCGAGAAAGAAUUUCAGGAGGGCGAGAGCGGUAUUGCGGGACUAAAGCGUUUGAUUGAUGCACAGCUGCCUGCUGGAUCAACAGCACCCGCUUCAAAUGAACUACCGACAUCACGCUCAAGCACGGUCAUGGGGCCAAGCGCUCCACUACCAACCACACCCAUCAUUUCCAAACCUCGACGACAUAAGGUCAACAUGACCUCGGCUCCUCCCACCAACGACGCUGCUUUCCCAUUGCAGAUUCAGGAAGAGUUGUUGAAUCAGGUCCGUUACUGGACCUCACAAGCGGAAUUAAAAGAGAAACUGAACCAGGAGUAUGACCUAAAAAUUAAUGAGCAAGAACGGAUCAUCGAUGCGCUGAACCGACAACGUCGACUUCGUGAAGAGAGUGAUGAGAGACAAAAAGAGGACCAGUGGAAUCUGGAGCUACAGAACCAAGAACUCCGUAGCCAGAAUGCAGAACUUCAAUCUCAGUUGACCAAAGCCAACCAUGAAAAUGCCAAGGUCCAAAGGGCAUUCAAUGCUGCCACAGAACAAGUGGAGCAACUUAAGGAUAAAGAAGAAAAGAUGGCUAGCCAAUUAGAGUUAGUCAAAUCUCGGUCUGAGCAGGAUAUUUCAUCAAUGCGGAAACAUAUGGCAAGUCUUCAACGUGAAAAGGCCGACUUGCAGGCCAAGAAUGAUGAGCUAAAUGCAGCCAUGGCAUUAAAGGAGAAAUUAGCCAAGAAAGCAGCCGCAGAGGCCCUUGCACUCGCUCAAGAAUUGGAACAGAAGGAGCUGGAAAAGGAAAAGACAAAUGCACCUCUCUUGGUCACUUCAUCUGCUAACAAAGCUUUGAGUCCUGAUGAGGCUGCUGCAGCCGCUGCAGCUUCUGCCGCCGCCACUGGUGUUGCUGGCGCUACCGCUGCUGCUGGAGCUGCUGGAACCGGCUCCUUGGAAUCCCCUAAAUCUGCGUCCUUGGCUAGAGAGUCUUCCUUUGCGCAUCAGCAAGGUAUCAUCAGCGAUCUCCAAUCCAAACUCACCCAGGAAAUCGCCGAGAAGGAGCAGUUGAUAUCAGCCAAGGAGGAGCUGAUGGUUGAAAAGGAAGAGCUUAUAAAGUUGUUGGCAGACCGUGAGGAGACUAUUGAGACUAUGCGCUUGGAAGGCGCAGCUACUUUUGAACCUGACGUCUUGUCUCAGCGUUCGAGCAUGGCUUUCGGUACCGGUGUUGGAGCUGGAGCUGGAAUUCCUUCAGAGUUGGGUCUGCUGGACGGAUCUGAGACUGACCCUCGUGACCUGAGCAUGACACUCUCAGAUGAUUUUGUCAAUGCCAAUGGACGUAGCUCACCUUUCCCAAGUGGAGGACUCUUUGCAGAGCUGGCUCAGGCCACUUCUCAAUCUGACUUGAAGUCAAGUGCAGAGUACAAGGACCAGGAGAUGAUGACAGAGUCGCUCAAGGACUGGAUCCAUGAUGUGCCUGAAUUCAAGGAUCUCUUGGACAAAGCAGUCGAAGUUGAGACUGAGAAGAAGGUAGCUGAAAGGAAAGAGGUCGAAAGGAUUGAGGCCGAAAGGAUUGAGGCCGAGAAGAAAGAGGCUGAAAGGAGGGAAGUCGAGAGAAUUGAAGCUGAGAAGAAGGAGGCCGAAAGAAUUGAAGCGGAGAGGAUUGAGGCUGAGAGGAUUAAAGCCAAUUUGAAAGAGUAUAAGGAUCAAGAGAUUAUGACGGAGCCAAUCAAGAAUUGGGCUCAUGAUGUACCUGAGUUCAAGGAUCUCCUGGAAAAGGCUAUCGAGGUCGAGACUGAGAAGAAGAAAGCCGAGUGGAAAGAACUUGAGAGAAUUGAAGCCGAGAAGAGAGAAGCCCAGAGAAUAGAAGCUGAAAGAAUUGAAGCUGAAAAGAAGGAAGCUGAAAGGAUUGAAGCUGAAAAGAAGGAGGCUGAAAGGAUUGAAGCUGAAAAGAAGGAGGCUGAAAGGAUUGAAGCUGAAAAGAAAGAGACUGAGAGAAUCGAAGCGGAGAAGAAAGAAGCUGAAAGAAUUGAAGUCGCAAAGAAGGAGGCCGAAAAGAAGGAAGCUGAAAGAAUUGAAGCUGAGAAGAAGGAAGCCGAGAGGAUCAAAGCCAACUCGAAAGAGUAUAAGGAUCAGGAGAUCAUGACGGAGUCGAUCAAGGACUGGAUCCAUGAUGCACCUGAAUUUAAGGAUCUCUUAGACAAGGCUGUCGAAGCCGAGACUGAGAAGAAGGAAGCCGAAAGGAAAGAAACCGAGAGGAUUGAAACCGAGAAGAAGGAGGCUGAAGAGAAGAAGAGGGCUGAGGCUGCGGUUGCGGCUGAGGCUGGCACUCCUACAAUCGAGGUGACAAAGCCUGUCGAGUCGGUUGAUGAGUUGGGCACUAAGAAGGCUACAGAGACAGGAACAACGAUCACAGGCAAACCAGGAACAGAGACAAAGCAAAUUACAUCUCUAUUGGAUGCUAAAGCUUUGGGUGUUGCUGCUGCUACGGCUGUUGCUGGCGCUGCUGGAGCCAUCGCUGCCGUUGUAUCAGGGAAGAAAGAAGGCGAGAAGGAUGUAGAUGACCAUAUUGAUGAGGAAGAAGAGCUUGUUAAAGAGCCUGUGGUACGUAGCAAGCCAACAUUAAUGACGGAUGAGGAGCGUCGCCAUACUUGUGACUUGAGUCAAACUAUCAACCAGUCGUCUGCCGCACCAUCACCUGCACUAGAGGCACCCACUGAUACCUCGACGGAACGUCCAUCAUUUAAUGAUGACGAGGAUCGCGAGUUCCGUGUCUCGUUUGGUUCAGCCUUUGGCGGCGAUCCAAAUGCAACAGAUACUGGCCGAAUUCAGUCGAUUCACAUGGAGAAUGGUGAUAUUGAGGAAGCUGGCGACGCAGCAGCAGAAGGAAAAGACAAGAAAAAGUCAAAUGCUGCAGCCAUUGCAGUCAACGGAUCCUCGAAGAAGCAGGGGGAUAAAGAGUUGACUUCAUCUCCAGAUACCAGAGGCAAAGAUCAACAGCAGUCGUCAACUAAUGAGAAGAAUGACAAGAAUGAGAAGCGGGACAGUGUGGUUAUCCUUCCUGGUUCUCACCAGGAACCCUCAGCUACCCGACCUCCACCCACAACUUUGGUCUCGGUCUCUUCACAAACUAGCUCUACGUAUGACAAAAACUCUAGCCAGGUCAUGUUGCAACACCUCAAUAGCAGUACCCACUACCAUCAUCACCAUCAUCACCAUGCCAUCAUAGAUUCAACGGGCGCUACAGUAUCGGGUCGUUAUCGUGGCAAUGGGUCAUCUCCUAAUGGGUCGAUUUCUAGCUUGUCGACCGAUUAUAACCAUGGGGAUCUAUCACGCAAUGGCCGUCGGUUAUCGACGGGCUCUAACGAAGUGACGCCGACAGAUCCAACUAUGAUCCAGCUGAUUACUCAGACCAUGAUUGGAGACUACCUCUGGAAAUUCACCCGUCGGCGAAUGGCCAACAUGAUGAGCGAAAAGAGCCAUCGUCGAUAUGUGUGGGUUCAUCCUUAUACCAAGACCCUGUACUGGAGUAACAAUAAUCCAGGAGCUGAGGGCUCACGCGAACAAAAAUCCAAGAGUGCAUUUAUUGUGGCCAUCUUCCAGGUGACAGAUGAGACUACCAAUAGCAGUAACUCUGAUCUGCCAAAUGUCAGCCUGCUGAUCGAGACUACCAGCCGCAAUCUCAAAAUGAAGGCCCCCACUCGCGAGAAGCAUGAGCUUUGGUUCCAAUCCAUCUCAUAUCUCCUCUCUCGCCCCACAACUCCUGGCGUCAAUGCUCCGACUGACCAUCAAACUUGGUCCGAAAUUCAGGCAAAUAAUAACAACAACAACCUGAGAAUCACCAACGGUCAUAGCAACGGCACCCACAGUCGCAGCCGUAGUUUAUCAGCCAUCAACUCGAGUAACAACACAAAUGGAACACCCGUGAACGAUACAGUAUUGAGCCUUCGUCAGAGUGAAAAGGGCAAUACUCCACUGCGCCAAAAGUCUAGUUUUACGAGACUGCAGAGCAUGUUUGUUCGAAAGGAUAGCAACAACAAUGUCAAUAGCAUUCGAUCUGCGUCACCGGGAUCUUCUCGUGUAGGAUCUCCAGGUCUUAGUCCCGCCAAUGGUAUCACCACCACAGCCGCAGCCACUCCUACCACCACUCACGCAACUACCAGUAUGAUUUAAACUGGAUCAAAAAUGGCAAGACCGGUGGACAAUUCCAUUGAAACCAAAGGCUGUUGUUGCCUUAGCAGAUACACAAAAUUAAUUAAUACAUCUGUUAUUCCAGUUUAUUUUCCGUAAAC